CUGGGCUAACGGUCCAAGGGUGUCCUCCUCCCGCGGCGACCGUCGAGCGCCGGGACUGUGGGCAGAACGCGCUGUGGAGAAGAAGCCGAAUUCCGGCCGAGCCGGGGAGGCGUCUGGGCGGGGCCUGCGUGCGGCUGGCUGCUGUCCAAGAGAUAGAGAGUCUAGCCGAGCGCUCCCAGGAGCAGCCGGCGCGAACGCUGAGAUAAAAGAAUGGCCAACUCUAUUGCAUCAAAGAACUUUACUGCACUUUCAAAUCUGCAUCCAAAUAUGGCUAAUCUGAAAAUAAUCGGCAUAGUUAUUGGAAAAACAGAUGUCAAAGGCUUUCCAGACAGAAAAAAUAUUGGAUCAGAAAGGUACACUUUCAGUUUCACCAUUCGUGAUUCAACAACCCAUUUUGUAAACGCAACAUCCUGGGGCAGUGAAGAUUACAUCAGAUCCCUUUCUGACAGCUUUAGGGUCGGUGAGUGUGUGAUAAUUGAGAAUCCUCUGAUCCAAACAAAGGAAUUAGAAAGAGAAGAAAAGUUCAGUCCUGCAACUCCUAGCAAUUAUAAACUAUUGCUCAGUGAGAAUCACUCAACGGUAAAACUCUGUUCCAGUUACGAAGUGGAUGCCAAGUUACUUUCUUUGAUAUAUUUACCUGUUAAAGAGUCUUGUGAUUAUUAUUCACUGGGUGACAUUGUUGCGAAUGGACACAGUCUUGAUGGGAAAAUUAUUAAUGUUCUUGCAGCUGUGAGGUCGGUUGGAGAGCCAAAAUACUUUACAACUUCAGACCGAAGAAGAGGCCAGAGGUGUGAAGUUAAACUCUACGAUGAGACAGAGUCUUCUUUUGCAAUGAUAUGUUGGGAUAGUGAAUCUAUUCUACUUGCACAGAGCUGGGUGCCACAAGGAACAGUAAUAUUUGCUGCAGAUGUAAGGAUAAGUUUUGACAAAUUUCGGAACAGCAUGACAGCAACUGUGAUCUCAAAAACCAUUAUUACAACUAAUCCAGAUACACCGGAAGCUAACAUCCUUCUGAAUUUUAUAAGAGAAAAUAAAGUAAUGAAUCCUCUGGAUGAUGAAAUUGACAAUUAUUUGAAAGAAUCCAUGAAUUUAAAUACAAUAGUUGAUGUUUAUACAGUUGAACAAUUAAAGGUAAAAGCUUUGAAGAAUGAAGGAAAAGCUGAACCUUUCUACGGAAUUCUUUAUGCUUACAUUUCUACACUGAACAUUGAUGAUGAAACUACAAAAGUAGUUCGAAAUAGAUGUUCUGGCUGUGGUUACAUUGUAAAUGAAGCAUCCAGCACUUGUACAACUUGCAACAAAGAUUCUUCCGGAUUUAAAUCGGUUUUUCUCAGCUUUGAUAUGCUAAUGGAUCUUACAGAUCACACAGGUACCCUUCAUUCCUGUAGUCUCACAGGAAGUGUGGCUGAGGAGACUUUGGGAUGCACGGUAGAUGAGUUUCUUGCAAUGACGGAUGAACAGAAAACAGCAUUAAAGUGGCAAUAUCUUUUGGAAAGAAGCAAAAUUUAUUUAAAAUUUUUUAUAUCGCACAGAGCGAGGGGUGGACUGAGAGUGAGUGUGCUUUCGUGUAAGCUUGCAGAUCCUAUUGAGGCAAGUAGGAACUUGUCUGGACAAGGAAAUGUUCAAAACUAGAUACAGUUCUAAACUCUGGAAAAGAAUAUGCAUUUUUAACCACCUUGAAAGUGGGAAAUGAGUUUGAAAAUUACAGAUAAAAUUGUAUCUUGUUCAAAUGUGGUGAGAAUGUUCCUGUAAAUUGUCAUUUUGUUGCCCCCUAGAGUUGACUCCCCGUGAAUCCUAAAAUCUCCCUCUUAUUUAAGCUCAUUUCUUAGAAGCCUUUUUCUAUUGGCUUGGCCCUCUCUCUUCCCAAGCUGGAAAAUGUUUGCAUGAAUUAAUAAACAAGUUUACUCUUUCCCACAAACAAAAUGAUUUAUUUUCUUAAACCCCUUUCCCCUCUGUCUUGUCUUCUGGGAGAAAGAUCAGAACCUCCACAAACGCCUUGGCCCCAUCUCAGACCACUUGGCUGGAGUUGAUGGGUGUGGACGGCACGUUCUCCCUGUGCCAGGUGGGGACAGCAGACGUCCACGGGCAAUGCUGUGCAGCUGCUUUACAUGCUGUAGACCUUUUUUAAUCUGUUGCCUUCUCUGAUGACACAUCAGAGCUAGCCAAAGCUUGUGAAGGCUUGCUGACUCAGGCUUGACACUUAUGUGUCUGAAUCAACUGGGAGGAGAUCAGCUUCAGAAGUUUCAUGAGCGGUGCUGAGUCCUGGGAACUUGCAGGCGUGGGAGACUUCUCAGCUUUGACUGGACAUGGCCCCACUCCAGCUGCCUUUGCAGCAGCCCCAGAGCACUCUACUCAGGCCACACCACCAUCUCCAGUCACUGGUCUCUUGCUUCAAGGCACAGACCCAUCACCACGGUCAGUGUUGAUCCAAGGUGUGGGAGGUUUGGCCAGCGUAAUUUGAGUCUGGCGAUUUAAAGAUCACCACCCACCACCCACCGCAGGAGUGAUAAAAAGAAAAACCAGGGAGUUCGUGUGCUGCACCUGCAAUGCUGAUAGCAACCGUCUGUGACAAAGCUUGUGCCACCACUGGAGUGAACACAGAUAUUGGGGGGCUCUGUACAUUCUCUGGGUGCUGGCUUGUCCACCCAAGGGGCCACAUGAAGACACUACUCCUGCCGUACCUUUAGCUUGCUUUCAGAUCUGUCAGCUUUGGUAGACUUGAUUCAGUUGGACCUUGUAUCUGAUAGUUUUACUAAUAAACUCUCAAUAAAAGCACA